AUGCAUUGGCUAUUCAUAUGUUCUGCCGCUCUUUCGUUAUUGCUCCCAACCUCGGCUUUAUUUCAGGGAAUUGUUAACUAUGGUCACUGGAAUGAACUCCGAGGACUCACCCACAACGUUUCGUAUAACACCUCACAAGCAAAGAAGGCAAGCCCGCCUCUUGUAAUCGACACUUUCAAAAAUCCAACUCGCAAUGACCUAGGAUUCUGGCACGGAUCCGGUGAGAAUCUACCUGUGCAAUACGGGCCAGGCUUCAUUCGUCUAUUCCCAACAGACCCGGAUCAGAACUUCCACACACAGUUCGAUUCCCAAACCUGCUACAACCUAAUACCCUGGUACAACGAGUACCUCCAUGUCAUCUUCGAGGGCACGGAUCAGUACAGCAUCUCUUUCAACCAACACAACGACGAAUGCAACCCUCAACGCCGUCCCUUCCCCGGCAUUGCCGACUCCGUCCAGGCGGAGCGGUAUGUGGUUCAUCCUACCUCUGAGGCCUUUGGGAAGGAUAAAGGUUGGGACGAUGAUGAUGACGAUGAUGUGGACGCCAAUGCUGGGAGGAACAAGCACAAGCAUGGAAGAUCCAAGGGAGGCCGACGCAAGCACCCCCAAGGACAUACCAAAAUUCCAUCGGGCCACCGUGAGCUCUAUAUCCCUCUGACUCAUUUUGAUAUUGACUUCAAUCGUGUCGUGUCAGUUUCGUUCCAUGGCUUCUAUACUAGGGAACCAAUCGCUCUACAUCAUGUGGAGAUCGUGCCUGAUAUUCCAAUGCCGUCGGAGGAAAAUGGUUACUAUCGGUUGCCUGGGAAGCUGCCCAAUGGGAGAUUGGUUCUCCGUUGUUCGCGUCCGAAUUCCUUUGCCUUUGGUAUUGAUGAUGGACAGCCGCAGUUCGCUCAGCGGGUCAUGCGCAUCCUUGACGAGGAGGAUGUUCGGGUUACUUUCUUCGUUGUUGGGGCGGGACUCACAGAUCAGUCAAGUAAUUUCACGGAGUUUUAUAAGGAGAUGUUGAAGAAGGGUCACCAAGUGGCGCUCCAUUCAAACACUCAUCCAAAGAUGGAGUCAUUGCCAACCCUCCGCGAUAUUGAUGACGAGAUCAUCCGGUCCAUGCAAAUAUUUAGAGACAAGCUGGGCAUCCAGUCUUCAUACUUCCGCCCGCCAUUCGGUACAGUAGCUGCCCGGCUGCGCCAGGAGCUAGCCCGACACAUACCAAACCCGUACAUUGUGAACUGGAGUGUUGAUGUCGAAGACUGGCUAUGGGCAAACACGUCCACCCCAGAGAAGCAGCUUGAAGCCUUCUUCCGCGGUGUUGGCAAGGGCGGGAAUCUUGCUGUCAUGCACUACCUGAAUCCGACUACCAUUGGGUACCUACCGGAGUUUAUUCGACAUAUCAAGGGUGCUGGAUAUCACAUCAUGCGUAUCGAUCAGUGUUUGGAGGAUGUAUCCGCUCCACCACUAUGA